AUGUACCGAUUCCUGUUUGCUAUAGAUAAGGAGAUAUCUUACAGUGAUCUCAAAACUCUCUUGAAGAAGGGUUCAGGAAUUGUUGUGGAUGUACGCUCCAAAGAUGAAGUAGACAAAGGCCGUAUUUCAGGUUCCAUCCACAUCCCAGUGGAAAAUGUGGAAAGUGACAUGUCCCUGGAUUCAGCUGAGUUCAAGUCUAAGUUUGGUGUAGCUAAGCCUUCUUUGGACUCCUCGGAACUGAUUUUCCACUGUCAGCUGGGAAGACGUGGAGCUGCUGCCACAGAGAAAGCCAGAAGCCUGGGGUUCAAGAAUUCGCGUAACUAUGCUGGAGGCUACAAGGAGUGGUCAGAAAAGGAGGGCAAAUGA